AUGCAGUCCUGCCUCUUUGAUGGCGCUCAGCUUGGGCUGAGUUGGUUUCAACAUCUUCGGGGUGAGGCCUUUCGACCAAUGAGUCGAUUUUGGUGCACGUUCCAUGUUCUCCGAGCCUGGAAAGGCCGGCUCGUGGCUCACGGCGCGCUUAUGGCUAAGAUGCGAGCACUCAUGUAUUUGCCGACCAAGGAGCAAUUCGAUGCUUGCCUGGCUGCGUUGCGCGUGGAAUUUGCAAAUGUUGAAGUGCCACUUGGCAAGGCUGCCAAAGGCUCGUGGUGGGCCUUUUUUGACAAGACCUACAAUGCCAAUGUCGCAAGUUGGGCUUUGUAUGCCCGUCGUGGUUGCAGUACGACCAACAACUUUGUGGAGAGCUUCCACAGCGUUUACAAGCGCCACGUUCGAGACCAUGGAGGGCAGCGCAUGGAUUAUACGAUCCAUAAAUUGUGUGAACACGCAUUUAUGCUUGAGCACGAAAUCAACUCUGAGCUGUACCGCAACAUACGGACCCGCCGUGACCGAUACUUGAGAAAGUACCUGCGGCGGGCUCGUGACGCCUAUACACUUGAGAUGAUACAAGAGCUUGAGUACCACGAGGACACGUUUUCAGUGUGCUGUACCCUCUUCGAGGACAUUGAAUACAUUGUCAAGCGCGUCGUCGACACCAGCCCUCACCCCAGCGGAGCAUCAGUCCCACGAUUGUUUGAAUGCAACUGCCACAAGUUUCUUGAGAAGCGCAAUGCACCUCAGGAGGCCAGCCGGACAUGCAGGCACAUCGAGGCUGUGAAACGGCACGUCUUCAAAAUGAUCCCCGAGCGCAAGCGGUUGCCUUCACAGAUACCAGCUGUCCGGGAUGUUUCACCCGAGGCAGUUCGCGAGGCAACCAUCAAAGGUGCUUCGGAAGUGAUUGAUAUUCUUGAGACUUUGAAGCUGAAAUUUGAGCAAGUGAUUGAAGUUUGUCGUCAGCAAAAUGCGCCGCCCUGUCUAGGAUUGGUAGACGAGUGCAAGCGCAAGCUGAACGAGAUGGGACUGGGCGUUGGAGGUUUCGUGCAAAUGCAACGCAUCCAGAAUGGAGCCACUGCAGGCAAUGUCGUAGCUGAUGAGUACAUUGCCGAUAUCAGCAGCGAAAACGCGCUGGGGACAAUGGAUCACGACGGUCCAUGCAGCCAACUUGAUGUCGAGGACAAUGUCGGCACCAACAUGAUGAACAGCGAUGACGACGAUAGCGAUGACGGCGAUAGCGAUGACGACGAUAGCGAUGUCGACGAUAGCGUUGACGACUAUGAUGAGAAGCGUAUGAACACAAGAGCACCCUCGUUUGAUCCGCAAAAAUUUAGCGCUUCUGCUGUGCUUGAUUUGAAACGCACAGCAGACAGAAUCGCCGAGCACGACCCGAAAUACUGA